CAAUGUGGCAGGGACACCGGAAGCCGCUCUGACGGAUCGCUUUGCGGCAGUGUAGCAGCGGCACCGGAAGCUGCGCUCCAGCGCCGGGGGGAAGUGGAAGAUGAAGGGGAACAUGUCCGAGAGCCAAGCCGAGGCGGGAAACGAAAUGCCGGCGAAAAAGCAGAAACUGAGCAGCGACGAGAACAGCAACCCGGACCUGUCGGGCGACGAGAAUGAUGAUGCUGUGAGCAUUGAAAGCGGGACCAACACGGAGCGGCCCGACACACCGACCAACACGCCCAACGCCCCCGGCAGGAAGAGCUGGGGCAAGGGCAAGUGGAAGUCCAAGAAGUGCAAGUACUCCUUCAAAUGUGUCAACAGCUUAAGGGAAGACCAUGGUCAGCCUCUGUUUGGGGUGCAAUUCAACUGGCACAGUAAAGAGGGCGACCCCUUGGUGUUCGCCACCGUGGGCAGCAACAGGGUCACACUGUACGAGUGUCACUCCCAAGGAGAGAUCCGGCUGCUGCAGUCCUACGUGGAUGCUGACGCUGAUGAGAACUUUUACACGUGUGCCUGGACCUAUGACACGAGCACCAGCCACCCACUGCUUGCUGUGGCCGGCUCACGCGGCAUUAUCCGCAUCAUCAAUCACAUCACCAUGCAGUGCAUCAAGCAUUACGUGGGACAUGGCAACGCCAUCAACGAGCUCAAGUUCCAUCCUCGAGACCCCAACCUCCUCUUAUCGGUCAGCAAAGAUCAUGCCUUGAGGCUGUGGAACAUCCAGACAGACACGCUGGUGGCCAUUUUUGGGGGUGUGGAAGGUCACCGUGAUGAAGUCCUCAGUGCAGACUUUGACCUUCUUGGGGAGAAGAUCAUGUCAUGUGGGAUGGACCACUCUCUGAAGCUGUGGAGAAUCAAUUCAGAGAGAAUGCAGAAGGCCAUCCGGGCCUCCUAUGAGUACAACCCCAGCAAGACCAACAGACCCUUCGUCUCUCAGAAGAUCCACUUUCCUGAUUUCUCCACCCGUGACAUCCACCGGAACUACGUGGACUGUGUGCGCUGGCUCGGAGACCUGAUCCUGUCCAAGUCCUGUGAGAACGCCAUCGUGUGCUGGAAGCCAGGGAAAAUGGAAGACGACAUUGACCACAUCAAGCCCAACGAGUCCAACGUGACCAUCCUGGGCCGCUUUGAUUACAGCCAAUGUGACAUCUGGUACAUGCGCUUCUCCAUGGACUUCUGGCAGAAGAUGUUGGCUUUGGGCAACCAGGUGGGGAAACUCUAUGUUUGGGACCUAGAGGUGGAGGACCCUCACAAAGCCAAGUGCACCACCCUGACCCUUCCUAAAUGCACGUCAGCAAUUCGCCAGACUAGCUUCAGUCGCGACAGCAGCAUUCUCAUCGCCGUGUGCGACGACGCCUCCAUUUGGCGCUGGGAUCGAUUGCGCUGAUUGACUGAUUCACUGACUCCUCUGAUUGGUCACUGCGAGGUCACCUGACUGAGCUGGAUGUCCCUCUGCCCUCUGUGUCACCGAUCUUUCAGACCAGGGAUUUGUGGCCUUUGAUACAUUGCAACUUUUCUUGCUUGUUUCUUGUGGCUUACAAUAAAAAUGUAUUUUUCUAAUCACCGCUCGCCUUUUUCAAACGCAUAAAAACGGUUCCUAAGAAUGUGGGUUGUUAGUGUCGUGCUUAGAAGCCCUGCCGAAUCCCGUGCUGCUGUAGUUAUCGAGGUACAGCAGGAUGGGGAUUCGAACCCCAGUAUUUUCUCCACCUUAGAGUGGUGCAGUAAAAAUUACCCACCCGUCCAAAUGAGUAAAUAAUACAUAGCUUAACAUACAUUGUUGUAAGUGGAAGUGAAGUGUGCUGGAGAAACGCGUCAGAUGAACGAGCAGGGUGAUGUAAACGCUCAAAGGAAGGUUUGUUCUCAGUUCUGCAUGCAGAAACAUUAACUCCGGAAAAGUCUUUUUUUUUUUAACCUAAAAAAUAUACAUAGAACAAAAAACUACAAAAGCGCAAGAAGUGGAUUUGUAUCAUUGUCCGCUGUGACAAGAAUCGUUCCAGGUUGU